AUGCUGUGGACCUUCCAGCAGAAUAACAGUAAAUUCGGACUACCUAUGGGGAUGCCGUAUGGUUCGGCUACCCCGCCAGUGCAGCCGGAAGAAGAGGAAGAUCCCCGUAUUCUCGAGGUCUGGCAGUCGAACAUGUACGACGCUUUCCAACAAGUCCGCCAAAUCGUCAGACAGUACCCCUUCGUCUCGAUGGACACAGAAUUCCCCGGAGUCGUCGCCAGACCAAUUGGAGAAUUCAACACAACUUCCGAUUACCAAUACCAGUUGAUUCGAUGCAACGUGGAUUUGCUAAAACUGAUCCAGAUCGGUUUAACUUUCAUGAACGAAAAAGGCGAGUGCGCGCCGGGCCGCUGCACCUUCCAGUUCAACUUCAAAUACGAUAUCAAGACCGACAUGUACGCCGAAGAUUCGAUCACACUUUUGAGAAACUGCGGAAUCAACUUUGAACGACACUCGAUCGACGGCAUCGACCCUGGCGCCUUCGCUUACAUGCUCAUUACCAGCGGAGUGGUGUUAGACACGACCCCCAGGGUUCAUUGGAUCACUUUUCAUUCCGGAUAUGAUUUUUGUUAUUUACUCAAGCUAUUAACAGAAGAUAAACUGCCAGAAGACGAGAAAAAAUUCUUCGACUUGCUGAAACUCUACUUUCCGACAGUUUUCGACAUCAAAUACCUCAUGAAGAGCUGCAAACAGCUUCAAGGCGGCCUUCAAGACAUCGCCGAUCAAAUGAAAAUUAAACGAGUGGGGAGACAGCAUCAGGCUGGCUCUGAUUCUCUCCUUACUGGUCAGGCUUUCUUCAAAAUGCGCUCGUUAUUUUUCGAGGACGUGGUCGAUCCGGACAAAUUUUCUGGUAAAAUUUGGGGCUUGGGCGACUCAUGCGAAAUUCGGAAAGACGCGGAUCAAGCUCCUUACGGACCAGAUGCGAUUCAACGAUUCAAAAGUAGCGAAUAG